CUUAUUUAGCAAUAUACCAUCCAUGUGUACUGGUUAAGUUGCUUAUCGACACAGCAUCCUGACAUGCCUAAAAUUCUACACCUUGUCCACUUCAAGUUUUUCCCGGAGGUUGAAGAAGAUACCAUCCGCGAUGUCUGUCAGCACUUCAUAGGACUCAAAGAUGCUUGCAUUCAUCCAACCACAAAUCAACCAUAUAUUGUGUCCACUAUGGGCGGAAAAGAUAAUAGCCCGGAAGGACUUCAGCGCGGAUACUCCCACUGCUUUGUUUUUGAAUUUAGCUCGUUUGAAGAUCGAGAUUACUAUAUAAAGCAUGAUCCAGCACAUAUGGCAUUUGGUACCUAUAUCACAGGUAAGGUGGAGGACAUGGUAAUGGUCAUGGAUUUUGUACCAGGUAUCUUUUAGACUUUUCAAAAUGGAACCCCGCUUGAUAAGACGCUACCGGAGUAACAAGAUUCGAUGAGUUAGAUUUCUUGGUAAUAACACCAAAUGUGGAGGUUGAGAGAGAAGCGGCACAUUUUCUCUCUAUCUUAUUUCAUAAGAGUAUUUUGUCAAAAGAAAAAAAUUGUGUGGUA